UGAGCAUAGCACAUUGCAGGGAGCCCCUGUGCCAAACGAAACACUCACGGAGACGUUGGUCUGCACGCAGGCCCCGCCAGUGGCCUUACAGUGUCUGCCAUGUCCACCCCGGUGCCAGAGCCUCCUGCCCUGGUGAGAAGCCCCGAGGAGGGGCAGCGCGGCGGCUGUGAGCCUGGGCACAUCCUCGCUCAGCUGUCUGCAGCCCUGGAGAAGCCAGACAUCAAGGCUUUGGAGUGGUCCAAGGAUGGGCAAGGUGUCCUUGUCUGCACCGAGCUGUACGAAGAGGAGAUGGGGAAGAACAAAGAGCUCUUCCCGGAGCUGGCGAAUCUUGGCUGCGUCGCGGCGCUGCGGGCCUGGCUGCUAGCCUAUGGUUUCAAACCCAAGGGGGCAAAGGUCGAUGCGCAAGUGCUCCUGCUGCAGCACCCCAAUUUCCAGAGGGUGCAGCCCACUGCCGAGGAGCCGGGCGCCCUUGGAGGCAACACCGGCCUCUCCGCCAAGCCGCAGCCGAAAAGGAAGAAACGUACGAGGAGGCCGCGCCCUCCCCGAGGCACCACGUCCCAGGACACGCUGGGACGACGGCCACGCCUGCGACCCUUGUACCAGUACAUCAACUACGACAUGCCGGAGCUGAUGCACCCGUCAGCAGAAGAAGAUGAAGUCCCAGAGCUGGCCCAGACGAGCCAGGUCCCCAUGGCCCCCGGGAGGCCAACAGCUCCACAGCUGGAGGAUACCUGGGCCGGCAGCACUCCGGCGAUCCCAGCCCCUGGAGCAGACGACAAGUCCAUGCAGGCUGAUACCGAGAGGAUGCUCGGAUAUGCAGCUAACCUGGUGCCACCGCCCUUCCCCCAGUACGAAUAGCCGCACAGCUUCCUGCCUCCUCUUUGACUACUGCAGCCUGACCUGCAGGGUGGUGAUCAGCACCUGGCCCAGCUGGGGGUUUGUUGGGUUUGUAUCCUGGUUGCAGAGAACCUGCUUCACCUGGGAGGGCCGGGGGGAAGGCAAUU